GGUUGCGUUGCGUCUUUAUUUUAAUGAUGAACGCUACGUUUGAGAGACGACUCAGACAAGUGUCCGUAAAAAGACGAUUAGGAAAGACUAAUACGUCAGCAAUCAACGGUCGAAACGAUCUCAGAAACAAGCUUAAUCUAACUGUACGAACACCUGAUGCACGGACGUUGCUUCGCAACCGUACUCGUCAACGUAACUCGACAUUUCGUGACGCUAGAAAUGUCUUGAGGUCGAGGAAUGUACCUCAUCCACGUCGAAAUCCUCGAGUCCCGUUCUUCAUCCCUAUAAGAACGAUUAAAAAUGAACUCUUCGGAGGCCAAAUAAACAAUCUACGAAAUGCACGAAAACCACGUCCAGCAUCUCUUCGUCCAGGUAUUCCUGAUCUGCUGAGCUUACCGUUACCUCUUCCUAAUCCUCUUGAUUUUCUUAAUAACCCUACACCCACUACUGGGUUAUUUGCUAACUUAUUGCCGUUUAAUGAAGUUCCUGUGUCUGCUUCUUCAUCAGGACCUAAGAUUAGUCCAAUACAAGGUUUCCGUGUGGAAAUCCGUAACCUUCAGCCGUCGGUCACGCUAGAUGAUGUAUUCGAGCUAUUUAGCAGCGUUGGAAGUUUACGUCUGUGUACUGUUACACGUCCUGGCCAAGCGGAAGUAAUUUAUAAUCAUUCUUCAGAUGCGCUUGAAGCUAUUGAACGUUAUAAUGGUCGUGAACUCGAUGGUCGUCCAAUGCGUGUAAGCCUUACUACACCAGUUAGUGAUUUACCCAGUGAACGUGACACUUCUGCUCGCAUGGCCUCAAGACUUGGACCAAAUUAUGGAAGGAAACAAACUGAAACUCAGGCUAAACAAGUUAUUCGUGAGUCUCUGAACAAAUCAGGCAUUCCGGUCGAAGUAGACGCAGAUGUUGUUCGCAAAGCUUUGUUCAACGUUAGUUCAUCUGGUAGUGUUCAAUCUAGAAGACCUGUCGAUUUCAGCGUUAGUUUGCGCUAAAAAUAUACACCAGAAGUUAGGUGUUUUACAAUACGUUUUAUUCAUCGCUCAUUUCUCAGUCAUUAAUGUGUGCAUAACAAAAAAUGUAUGUUACUUUGUUGAUUUGUUCAUUUAUCAAUAUAACACUGGAUUUUCGAUUCCCUCACGUUUGUUUUUGUAAUGACAGAUUCAAAUUCUCAUUUAAAACAGUAUUCCGAAUAAAUAUGAAUUAUAGCUUACUUUAAAACAAUUGCGUUCUCUUCCCUCUGGAAGGGAAAUCCC